AUGUCUGGGCAGAAACACUGGGAGCAAGACAAGGAGGCCACAGUCUACGUCGGUAACAUUGACGAGCGCGCGACCGAUGCCCUGAUCUGGGAGCUCAUGGUCCAGGCUGGACCUGUGGUCAACGUCCACCUGCCCAAGGAUCGCGUCACCCAGUCACACCAGGGAUUCGGCUUCGUCGAGUUCAACGGCGAGGUCGAUGCCGAUUAUGCAGCCAAGAUCAUGAACGGUAUUAGACUCUACGGCAAACCGUUGCGCGUCAACAAGGCGUCCGCCGAUAAGCAGAAGCCCCUCGAGAUUGGUGCCGAGCUCUUUAUUGGCAACCUUGAUCCCAUGGUCGACGAAAAGAUCCUGUACGACACCUUCAGUCGCUUCGGUACCCUCACCGUACCCCCCAAGGUGGCCCGCGACGACAACGGCUUGAGCAAGGGCUACGGUUUUGUGAGCUACAGCACCUUUGAAGCUAGCGACGAUGCCAUCCACAAUAUGAAUGGACAGUUCCUCAUGAACAAGGACGUCACCGUGCAGUACGCCUACAAGAAGGACGGCAAAGGAGAGAGACAUGGAGACGAGGCGGAACGUAUGCUGGCGGCCCAGGCCAAGAAACAUAAUGUCACUAUCGAAACUCAACCUAUGCCGCCUGCAUACCACCAGCAGCCUGGUCAGACUACACCGACACCACCCGUCGUGCCCCCAAUCAUGGCCUCGGGCGGUUUUGACCCUGCCAUGAAUGUAGCAGUACCUCCUCCGCGCCCGGCUGGUUUUGCACCACCCGCCGGAAAUCGCCCUUCGCCAGUGGCAUAUGGUCUCAACGGUAACGGUCCUGUGCCGCCCAUGGGAAUGCGCCCGAACAACCUGCCGCCGCCCCCUUCUGGCUUACCUGCACGACCGCCUCCAGUCCAAACUGGCUAUGGCAGUCCUGCAGAUUUUCACCCGGGCAGUUUCCGUGGUCCAGUUCCCCCUCCUGGCUUUGCUCCUGCUCCCGGUACUGGCGCACCGCCCGCACCCCCGGGAUUUGCUCCUGGUUACGGCCGCUGA